AUGGCCUCUAGACUUGAUCAAGCUCUCGACGAAGCGAUUAAAGACAGAAGAGGAAAUAACAAGAGACCCAGCAAUUUUGGACGCAACACAAGACGUGAUAAUGGCAGCAGCGGUGGUGCCAUUCGCAAGAGAAUUGGCGCUGCUAACAGUUCACCUGCUAUCCGUUCCUUUGUUCGCACCGUCAAUGUAAUGGAGGAGAGACGAGGCGGUGGAGCCAGAAACGUGGAUGGUCAAUGGUCCCACGAUAUGUUUGACGAUGAGGAUGUUCCUAGAAGCAGUAUCUUGAGCCGCCUGGGCACUGCUCGUGGUGGUCAAGGAGGCCGCUCUGAACGUGGUGUCGAAAUCUGUGUCGAAAACUUGCAUUACAAUGUCACUGAACAAGAUGUCAAAGAGCUCUUCAACACUGUCGCCGAUGUCACAAAAGCCAAGCUUAUGUUUGAUCCAUCCGGCCGUUCAACUGGGCUUGCUUAUAUCUCAUAUCAAUCGUUAUCUGACGCUGAAAAGGCUAUCCAAAAGUAUAACAAUAUAGAAUUAGAUGGUCAACCCAUGCAGAUCAAGAUCAGUGAAAGAGCUGCUUCAAGACCUCGUUCUUCAGGCGGAAGCCGUUUCAACAAUGACCGUCUUAGUAACCGUCUUGGCGGUCGCUUAGGCAGCAGCAGCAGCGGUCGUCGUAGCAAUGAUCGCAACGACAGAGAUGAUUACAAGAGAGCAAGCCGUCCAAGCAGAUCAUCCAGAGGCAACGACAAGAGAGAAGAUCGUCAAAAGAAGGUGCCAACCGCUGAAGAUCUAGAUCGAGAGAUGGAGAGUUACAUGAAAUCAAAUUCGUCUGAUAAUAGCACAAGCAAUAACAAUAGCAACGUCAACAACAAUAGCACUGCAACGCUUGAAGAAGAUAUUGAGAUGAUGUUGGAUUAA